AUGUUUAAAUGUAAUAGUAGCAUGAAAGAAUUCUUUCAGCAUGCAGAACUGAAAGAACAAAGUAACGAAAAGAGGGUACAAGAAGACAAACAUUUUAGGACCUGCAUGACGAAAGAAAAAGAGGUAAAGCAUGAAGAAGACAGAAAAAAAGAGGAAGAGUUAUUUACACCAAAAACAAAUGCAAUGCUUGGACUUUGUGCUAUUUGUCAUCUCACUCUUGCAAACAUAAAUUCUAAUAUCCAUCAAAAUGUUUCCUGUUCCAAAGGACAUGUCCUAUGUCAACGUUGCAUUCUGCAGUUUAGAGUUCAAUCAGACCCAGGCUGCAUUCUUUGUCAUGCACAACAUCAACAAUCAGGCAUAAAUUUAUCACGAGAAAGCAACGUCAGUUUAAAUUCCACAUACACGCGUUUAAAAAGAACGCAAAUUCCACAUCAGCAAGCAGAAUAUUAUUCGAGACAUCAAUUACAACAAUGCAUGCCUAGUGAUGUAGAACAAUCAUAUACUAAAUCUUGGAAUCCGAAUUACUCAUCCAUAGCACCUAAUAUUAAAGAAAAUACAUUAAGAUAUAAUAAUGAUUUUGAAGAAACUUCUGACUAUGAGCACAUUACGGACCAGAAUAAUAUUCGCAAAGAACGAAACAAAGAUAUUUAUAAUCAAAAACAGCAACUAAGUUACUGUAAUUCAUUUAGAAAAGGAAAUAUGGAUUCAUAUAUAUCCGAAGCAAAAGUUAAUGGACAAGUUACUGCGGAAUGUUCUCGUAGACCGAUCCGUUGUCCGCGAAUUGAUUGCGCUAUAAAUGUAGCUUUUUCAGCGUUAACACAUCAUUUCAUCUUCGAUCAUCCGGAAGUGCCAAUUUUGAACGUAGAGCCAGGUAUUAAAAGUACGCUCAUCGUCAGUUUCGAUGCCUUAUCUUCAAAUUCCAGUCGAUGCUUGGCUCUUCUUUUAGUUUCCGGUAAACUCUCAGAUCCUGUUGCAAGAUUAUUUACUGGUAAUCAAAUCAACCCAAAAUAUCGAAAUCGUUUACCGUUACCAGUAUUAGCAGCUCGGCUUCAUUGUACAGAUCACUAUAUACCUAACAACAAGAUUAAUAAAAUGAAAAAUUAUCGUGAAAAAGAUAUAAUUAUUGCUUGGGUUGCCGGACUGGAUAUUGGAAAUACAACAGAGAAACUUUUGUGUAGUAUUCAGGCUGUGGACAAGAUUGAUAAUGAAGGCUUACGUUCCCUAACAUACACAGGUCCUGUGAACUCACUAAGAACAACUCAAUGUCCUCAAGAUAUUUUCUCAACAGGUGACUGCAUAGUUCUGCAUGAAGGUCUUCUCAGUCACAUUACAUCAGAUUGUGCUACACUCAAUGUUAAUGUUACUGUACAUUAA